CAACAACAACAUAACGCUGGGCCGUCGCGUGCCGGCGGAAUUUAGUUCACGGGACGUAACGAGACGUUUUUGGGAGAGUUACUCGGGCUUCCCUCCCCCUUUUUAAAUAAGAAUUUCCACAGUUUCUUUUACACCUGGAAGAAGGUUUUUUUUUUUUUUUUUUUUUUUGGUUGGUCAAAGGGACACUGGACUCAUCUGUUUAUCCUCAAAGCCCUGUCUGCUCGCCACACUAAUGGCUGUUGCAUUGCCGAAGCUGAGCAGUGGUGGCGCUGUCCGUAUCCGCUUCACCAGCCUGGAUGUGGGCACGACCAAAUGGAGAGAGGGAGUGUUUGAGGUCCAUGAGAGAGACAACAAAAGCAAUCUGGUGUUGAAGUUUAACAGUGGUGGAGCGCCAAAAUAUUUUCAGUUGAACCACAAUGUGAAGAAUGUUGUUUUGGGCCCUAUCCACAGUCAAAACCGCUUGUCGCUCACGCUGAAGGAUUCAAGUGUUGUCAUUUUGGAAAAAUUGCCCACCACAGUCGCAAAAAAACUAAAGGAAUAUCUAGAGGUGAUUAAGCAAGGGAAGCAAACAGCUUUUAAGACGAAUCAGGGAAGUGCCAGUUUUGGGUUAGUUCUUGGAAACCGGACCACACAAAACGACCCAGGUUUAUCAUCGUCAGAAAAGCAGAUGACCCCACGCAGGUCGAGUUUGGACAACAGAGAAGAGAGCACCCCACGAAAGCCCCUUGGGAGUCCAAGCAGAGUCACAUCAACACCUGUACGAAGUGGAUUAUCAGAAAACAGGAGUGAGAAAAGGAAACGGUUGAUGAACUCCGAUACUGAUUUAGUAGAGGACUACCCCAAAGAGAAUGACUCCUCUAGCAACAAUAAGGCCAUUUCAGAUGCUUCCAGGAAGUUUUUGCUCAGUUGCAAAGACAAACUGAAGCAGUCUGAGGAGAAUAGGAAUUCAGCUCCUCUUGGCUCUGCACCACUUCAACCAUCAUCCUUUUAUGGCAGCAGAACAGGAACUAAAGAUUAUACACAAACACAUUCCCUACUAGACAGACCUGCCAGCACGAACCAGUCACCUGCGGCUAAAAGAAGUCUGGUGCUGCCUAAUCACUCCACUCCCUUUAAGAAGGUCCGCUCGUCUCUUGAUUAUGGUGGAUGGAACAAGCUGAGACCCUCUGCUCUCAGUCAACCUCAGCCACCUUUGCAAGGGUUCUCUAACCUGGGAAACACUUGCUACAUGAACGCUAUACUGCAGUCACUAUUCAGCCUGCCGUCUUUUUCAAACGAUCUUCUAAAACAGGGGAUUCAGUGGAAGCGGGUCCCUAUGAAUGCUCUUUUAAGGCGCUUUGCUCACCUCCUUUUGAAAAAAGACAUUUCAUCUCCAGAGGUAAAGAAAGACUUGCUGAGAAGGGUGAAGAAUGCCAUUUCCUCAACCGCUGAACGCUUUUCUGGGUACAUGCAAAAUGAUGCCCAUGAGUUUCUGAGCCAGUGUUUGGAUCAGCUAAAGGAAGAUGUGGAGAAGAUUAAUAAGAGCUGGAGAAGUGAUUCAUCAGCCUGGGAUGAGCCCCAGAGCACACGACUUGCUGAGGAAAUGGAUACAUCACGCAUAUACACAUGUCCUGUUACUGUGAACAUGGAGUUUGAAGUGCAACACACAAUCACUUGCAAAAGUUGUGGGGAGGUGAUUACAAAACGUGAGCAGUUCAAUGACCUGUCGAUUGACCUGCCUCGUAAAAAGAAAACACUUCCUUUAAGAUCCAUUCAGGAUUCGUUGGAUCUUUUCUUCAGGAUGGAGGAAAUCGAAUAUUCAUGUGAGAAAUGUAACGGCAAAUCUGCGAGUGUCACGCAUAAAUUUAGCAGACUUCCAAGGGUGCUGAUUCUUCAUCUGAAACGGUACAGUUACAACACGCAGCUGUCUCUGAACAGCAAGCUGGGGCAGCAGGUCCUAAUUCCAAAGUACCUCACACUUCUCUCCCACUGCACUGAGAACACGCGACCCCCUCUCAAUCUCGGUUGGAGAGUGCAAACUGCCCUGUCUAGAACGCUGAAAACGUCACAAUCUGUGAACAACCCAAUGCUGCGAAAAGGUUCAGUGAAGUACGAUAACACUGGCAGCAUCAUAUGUGACUCUGACAGUGAAGAGGAAUCUGCGAGGAAAGUCAGCCGCAAACACCGUCUGAGUGAAUGUUUCACAGAUGAUGACAGGACGGAAGAGGUAGCGAAAUGUGUUCAGCAGAGUAGUCAAAUGGAUCAAUCAGAAUUCACAGGCAUGAACGAUGAUGAAAUGCUGGCUGCGGUUCUUGAGAUGAGUCGUCAUGAUGCUGGCCCCAAUAUUGAUGAACCAACUAGCAGCCCUGACACAGGGUUUGGUGACACAGAUGCUCAGGAGCUCACACAGCAUUUAGAUCUUUUGGAAGGAGACAAAGCAUCUGGAGACAUGCUGGGCUCUUUGGACCUGACCAUGGAUGAUAACAAAGAGAACCAGACUCCAGAUGGUGGACAGGUUGAGCUAGAUUGGGCGCAGCAGUACAGUUUGGAUCAAGAGCGUGAGGAGCAGGAGUUACAGCAGGCACUUGCUCAGAGUCUGCAGGAACAUGAGGCAAGGGAGAUGAGAGAAGAUGACGAACUGAAGAGAGCAACAGAGCUCAGCUUGCAAGAGUUCAACAGCUCUCUUCCUGAUCUUUUGUGCUCUGAUGAUGACUCGGGAAAUGAGGAUGCUUUAGAAAUGGAGUACAGUGAAGCAGAGGCUGAGGAGUUGAAGAGAAAUGCUGAAAAUGGAGAGCUUGCCAACUCCUUCAGGCUCAUCAGCGUGGUCAGUCACAUCGGCACCAGCUCAUCAUCAGGCCACUACAUAAGUGAUGUGUAUGACAUGAAAAAGCAGUCCUGGCUAACCUACAAUGAUUUAGAUGUGUCCCGUACACAAGAGUCCACUGUUCAGCGAGACAGAGACAGGAGUGGAUACAUAUUCUUCUACAUGCACAAGAACGUGUUUGAGGAGUUGUCAGAGAUGGAGAAGGCAGGAGGAAGCACUGACGCUAGCCGCACAGUCCUGCAACCUUUAUAAAUAGCUUUGUACAUCAGACUUCAACUGGAGUCCUGCGCUUUGGUGAUGAACGGAUAAGCUUAGCCUAGGGUGAAAACCUCUGUCCAAUACUACUGAUCACCACACACACACACACACACACAUACACACCCAUCCCUCUUUUAGGCACUUUCUCCUAUUUUUCUGUUUUCCUUUCUGUGAGACUCUGUCGCUGUUUCUGGAAGUGUCUAAUAUUAAUGUUUAAGUCCAUGUACAUAUAAAGCUUUAUGGCAAAAGGUAAAGUGAAUAAAAUGAAGAAACUGAAAGAAUUUUGAGUUGCUGAAAGGAAUGAUUUUCAGCCUCAAAUCAUAUAAUGUUUUUUUUUUUUAGUUAUUUACUGAAUAUUGCCUUUAAUAAAGUCCCUGAGUGAAGAAGGAGACUUCAUGCAUUAAAUUCAGAUCAAAUGUCUGAGGGUCAGGAAGUGUUUGCCCCUUUUGAGUGGCUUCUUUCACAUUUUCCAAAAUUCUUUAUUGAAUCUAUUGAAUAUAAAGAUUUAUUCUUGUAUGUUUGAGUGACGUUGGGUGUCUGUUUCAUGUUUUAUAUGCAGCUGGAAAUGUGGUGCAAUAUUUACGUUGCCUGUUGGCUUUUAUAUGUUUGUCUUACAGCGAUGAGUGGGAAGGGGAGUUCCAGUUUCUAUUCACAGCUAUACUGAUGACUGUUUAUUGCUAUUUUAAUCCUAUUUUAUAAAUACAAUUUAACAAGUUAAA